GACUUGUUGUUGCCGGGCAACCGUGGCUUCCGUCCCCGGGGUCAGGGCCCACUGACCCCGGCGCAAAGCGUCCUGGGGCUUGUAGUUUCGGCCGAGGGUGGGCUCCGCGGUCGCCGGUUUCUCUUCCCAGCUCUGCCCUCGCUUGCUGGCCGGUCUCCGGGGUCAGCGCGGGGCCACCAUCCAGCCCCUUGGGGCCCGCCCCAAGCAGCUGUCGAGGACGCACUCAGCCUGCGCAGCCAUGGCCUCGGCAGGGGCGGAGAGGCGGCCGGGGGUCCAGGAGGCGACGGUCGUGGGGCAGGGACAGCUCACGGAGGAGCCCGGCAGCGCUCAGACCUCCGAGUGUCCAGUGGCGGGAGACCAGUUCUUGGUGCCAGCCCAUGAGGCCCGCGGAACCCAGAGUGAAGACCAGCGCCCAGCAGGCGCAGCUUCGGAGUCGGAGCUCCAGGAGGAAGGACCCAAGCUGGGGGAGGAGAGGCCCAAGCCGCAUGCCGGGGCGCUAGAGGAGAGAGGCCCCAGGCCCGUGGUCUCCAUUGUGAGGCCCCGUCAUGGUCCAAAGAGAAAGCCUGUCAAGUCUCUCAGCCUCCCGGGCCUUCGUGCCCAUCUUAAGGCUGAAGCUGAGCUGCCACCCAAGCUGCCGCUGCAGGAGGAGGAGCCAGAGGGCAGCCAGAGUGAGCCCUCACCAUCUGCCAAACAGCACAAAAAAGCCAAGAAGCGCAAGAGCCUGGGGGCUCCCGUGCUCCACGCUGUGGCCAGCACGGUGUCUGCACCCUUAGAGACAUUGAGGCUGGAGCGAAAGGCCCAGCGCCUGCGGCCCCUGUACCAGUACGUCAACUAUUGCAACCCUGAGCUGAACCAGGCAGGGAAGGGGGACGGGGAGGCUGAGGUGGAGGCAGAGGCAGAGCUGGCCCCGGUUCCGGAGGAGGCAGGUGUGGAGCAACUGCAGGCCUUGCUGCCCUUGGCAGGUGAGCUGGGCCCAGGCCUCGCUUUGCCCUGUCCCAGUCCACUAGUGACCCCCACCCAUGCCCUGGCUCCCCUCGGAGAGGAGGCUGGAGAGGAGCCUGGGGGCUUGCCCAGCUUGGGGGUGAGUGACCACAAGGCCGAGGUGGAUAAGUCAACCCAGGUGGACAUCGACAAGAUGCUGAGUGUCUGCACUGCUCCACUUGUCCCCCCGCUCUCUCCUCAGUACAAGUGACUGUCCCGCCCCGCUGGUGGCUCCCCUCCUUCCACGCCUGAAUUUGGCUUCAGGCUUCCUGUGGGCCUAGGCCCUCUGGUGGCGGGGGCAAAUUUGGCACCUGCCCCCACUUGGGACUUUGGUCUUGCUGAAAAUAAAUAUUUUUCUUUUUCAAAGA